GUCACUUUUAUACACUGUCCUUACUAAACUCUCCACCAAAUCACACUGACAGAGAGCGCGAAAGGACAAGACACUGAUAAGAGGCGCUAAGAGCAUCAGUGAGAAGACAGCCCUGCCUCCUCAGGGAUCAUUAAACUACAGUAUGCAGAACGCCACAUGCAUAGAAAAAGACUACACUUCUUGCCUUAAUGCCGACAUUAAGAAACCUCCGGUUUUUCCACUCAUUCGACAAGCUUUGCCAUCCAUAGUGAAGUAUGGUGGACUAUCUCCCUUCCAUGAGGGAUAUUCCCAUCACUCUCCACACUUCAAGUAUGGUCAUCCAGAAGAUAACCUCCACCAUUUGCACGAAGAACUAGAAAGUGGAUCACCCAGAAGAAUAAUUUUUCCAUCUAAGAUGCCCUAUGAUGAUGAAGACCAAAAAGUCCACAUGCAGACUGAAGAAGAAAGAAAGCAUUUUCUCCCUUCUCGCCUUCCCUUGUUUUAUCAUCUACCACCUUUGUCAGGCUACAAUGCCAAAAUGGUUGAUUUGUUCAAUGUUGGUCUUCAGUACUACAGAACUAUGGAGCCUUUUUGGCUUAGUCCAUUAAAACAAGAACCCAUAAGAAGAAAUGCAGUAUGGCCUGUUGGAUCGCUAUGCCUGCAUCCCUCUUACCCAUUAUUUCAUAAAAAUUACCCUGGCAUGGUGUUCCCCUCCCAUAUGCCCACACAAACUAUGCAUACGCAUCAUGGUGUUGAUACAGGCCAUCCAGCGGACGAUGCUUUUAAAACUCAGAUUCAGGAGCAUGACGACAACAAGCAGAAGGUGGAGAGGGUGGAUGUCAAUAUUCAGAUUGAUGACAGCUUCUACGUGGAGGUGGGCGAUCAGAAACGCUGGAAGUGUCCAAUGUGUGAAAAGUCCUACACAUCCAAAUAUAAUUUGGUGACACAUAUUUUAGGGCACAGUGGCAUCAAACCUCAUGCGUGUUCACGUUGUGGCAAGUUGUUUAAACAGCUCAGUCAUUUGCACACACAUAUGCUAACUCACCAGGGCACCAGGCCCCACAAGUGCAAAGUCUGCAAUAAAGCUUUUACCCAAACUAGUCAUUUAAAGCGCCACAUGAUGCAGCACAGUGACGUGAAACCAUACAACUGCAGGAUAUGCGGCAGAGGGUUUGCCUAUCCAAGUGAACUGAAAGUUCAUGAGUCGAAGCACGAGAGCGGGCGGGAAAAUAUCUGUGUGGAGUGCGGACUCGAUUUCCCAACAUUGGCACAGCUUAAAAGACACUUGACGGCCCACAGGGGCCCCGUUCAGUACAACUGCAGCGAAUGUGAUAAAACGUUCCAGUACCCAAGCCAACUGCAGAAUCACAUGAUGAAACACAAGGACAUCCGGCCGUAUAUCUGCUCCGAGUGCGGCAUGGAAUUCGUACAGCCGCAUCACCUUAAGCAGCAUUCACUGACACAUAAGGGUGUAAAAGAACACAAGUGUGGGAUUUGUGGUCGAGAGUUUACUCUUCUGGCAAAUAUGAAGCGGCACAUCCUGAUUCACACAAACAUCCGAGCCUAUCAAUGUCAUCUGUGUUUCAAGAGCUUCGUCCAAAAACAGACUCUUAAGGCACACAUGAUUGUCCACUCUGAUAUAAAGCCAUUCAAGUGCAAGCUGUGUGGGAAGGAGUUUAAUCGUAUGCACAAUUUAAUGGGCCACAUGCACCUGCACUCUGACAGCAAACCCUUCAAAUGUCUCUACUGCCCCAGUAAGUUCACGCUAAAGGGAAACCUGACUCGCCAUUUGAAGGUCAAACAUGGAGUCACCGAAAGAGGCUUCCACUCUCGAGGUUUUGUCCGUGUAAGAGCAGAUCAUUCUCGUUCAAUUGUCCUUCGUAGUUUGGAGCAGAAAGAACCUUAUGACUUAUCCAGAAAAAGGAGAGAAGAAGAAAUGUCUGAUCAUUCAGAUGGAGAAAGUGUAAAGAGCAAUUCUUUCCAGGAGGAGGAUGACAGAUACAAUGGUCAACAAAUGUAUCAAGAAGCCGUCCAUAAGGAGCCAACAUACCAUACUAAGGAACAUCUAAGUAUCUUGAAAGAGAUUCCAAACAAGGACAAUCAAGAGAUUCUCCACAAACAAAGAGAUGGAGAAAGAAUAAGUUACCAGCACAAAGAGGAAGAAACGGAUAUGGACCUGAGCCAGAAAGAGGGAAGUUUAGGAAUAUCUGUUCCUUAUUACUUCUUUAUGAAGAACAGAAACACAGAUGGGAAGCUUGUGGACUAAAGCCAUAAAUGGACCAAAGAGAAGUAACGACACCUAAAUAUAUAAAAUUACAUUUAUCACAAAGCGAGUGAACUCAGCAAACAGAGGCUCAUAACAUGUCGCAGAAAUGCCAUACUAUACCAUAAUCUGUUCAGCACAGCUUUGUAGGAGGUUGUAGCGAUAAUUUCCAUCUGCUCUGUCUUAAUGGACGAGUGAUAUCAAACUGUAAGCCAUAUAUUUCACUAUGCAUGGCAGCCAUUAACACAAUGUUUGCAAUAUUAUUUAUAAGGGAUGUAUUGUACUCUUUAUUGAGUGCAUAGUAAUAAUAAUAAAACCAAUUGCUCAGA